CUCCAGGAACAGGAGUCGCGCCUCCCAUCACCAACCGUCGAGCACCCGGCACCAUCUCGCGGGACGACGACGGCGACGGAAGACAACGGUCACCCGGCUUGGAGGACGGGGUCCUCACCGCCUCCAGGGGAGCUGGCGUCGCCCGGAGGCUCCGACUCGAGGAUUGGAGGCACCGGCCAAGCCAAGGGAGGCGACCACGCCACCUUGCUGGCAGCCGUUGUGGCCAGGAACGAAGAGCUUCCUCUGCUGCACACGGAUAGUGGCAGCUGCUGUUCCGAGGACGACGCGCACAGUCUGGACAGCGGCUCGAGACUGCUCUCUGAGGAUCCCGAUGGGAACGUGCGGUGCCACAUCGACCCGGAGAUAAUGGCCGAGAUUGAGGCCUUCGAGCUGAUGGCGCAGAGCUACCUGAAGCGUCACGGUCACGACUUCCCUUUCUGAAGAUGACUGUUACUGUUGUUUAUUUUUCUGCACCCUUCUUGUACAUAGGCACAUCUUUUCUCACCUGACAUGUCUAUUUAUCUGCCACGUCUUUGGAAUACGACGACACCACAAAUAAAAUUGUUAUUCGCAGCUGA